GCGGCGGCCACGGAGCUAGUCAGACCCAAGCUGUUCCGAGGAUAAGUCGUCGCCGCGUCAUGUCGACAAAUUGAGCCGAACCGUCGGCACAGUGCUUGUGUGAGUGCUCGAUUUUGAAAAGCAGAGCGUCGGCCUCCGACAGGAGCCGUUUUUCGACGCCGUGGCGCCGACUCAGCGCCGAGGGGCGCCGAUCGAAAGGAGAUGCGCCAAUAGCAGUGACGGCCGAAUAAUGAUCCUUAGACAAACAGGGUUGAUGUUUGUGGCGGCGCUGUGCGUGCUGCUGUCCGGCCGGGGGGUGUCCGCGUCGGAGGUGGACGAGUGGACGCACUCGGCGUGGCUGGACGACCGGUACCUGGUGCGGUGGACGCCGGGCGCCGACGACGUGACCUUCGAGGUGAGCGUGGCCACGCUGGGCUACGUGGGCUUCGGCCUGUCCCUGGACGGCCGCAUGCAGGGGUCGGACGUGGUCAUCGGCUGGGUGCAGCACGGACGCACCAUCUUCCAGGACAGACACGUGUCCAAGGGCCACGUGGAGCCCAUCGUGGACGCCAGUCAGGACUGGGAGCUGCUCAGGGGCAUGGAGAACGACACCCACACGGUGCUCACCUUCCGCAGGGCCUACGACACCUGCGACCGAGAUCAGGACAUCAGAAUCACGAACGACACGAUGAGGAUGGUGUGGGCGUACCACAGCGAAGACCCCGUGCCCGGCCUGCCCCUGGCCUACCACGGGCCAGGCCAACGCGGCGCCAGGUCGGCCUUCCUGGUGCUCAGGGUGGACCAGUCGGCGCCGCCCAAGCACGAGGUCCUCCACACCUGGGAGCUGCGCAACCCCUCGGUGCUGCUGCCGAGCACAGAGGAGUCGCUCUACUGGUGCAAGAUCUUCAAACUGCCUGCCACCAUGACUGAGAAAAGUCACAUUAUUCGAUACGAGCCCCUUCACCAGCCAGGCAACCGGCCCUACAUGCACCACGCAAUGGUGUACGAGUGCCUGGACAACCCGGAGCUGGACAAACUGUCCCGGCUGCCCGGCGCUCCGUGCUACCAGCAGUCGGCCCCUCAGGCGCAUUCCUCGUGCACCAACAUCGCCCUGGCCUGGGCUUACGGCUCCGAGGGAUUCACGUUUCCCCCAGAGGCGGGAUAUCCACUGGAGCCGACCGCCGGGCCGCGCUACUUCAUGCUCGAGACGCACUACACGAAUCCCUCGAUGCACGCCGGCGUCCGCGAUUCGUCCGGAAUCAAAAUUUUCUACACCACCAAACUCAGACCGAACGAUGCUGGCGUCCUCUCCGUGGGCAUGGACCCCAACUGGAGACACAUCAUUCCUCCAGGCCAACCCGCUGUGGUCUCCGAAGGCCACUGCAUCGGCACCUGCACCCAAAGGUCACUGCCCAGACAAGGCGUCCAGGUCUUCGGGGUCAUGCUACACACUCACCUCCUUGGACGAAGGGUUCGUCUGAGGCACAUUCGAGGAGAAAGGGAGUUGGCGCCGCUGGCCUCAGACUCGAACUACGACGCUGGAUACCAAGAGUUCCGGCGCCUGCCAAAUCCGACCCAGGUCAUGCCUGGUGACCACUUGAUCAGCGAGUGCGUCUACAACAGCUCGGCGCGAAAUGCCAUCACGCUCGGAGGACUCACUAUCAGAGAGGAAAUGUGUCUGGCGGUCACCCUUUAUUGGCCAAGGGUCAACCUUUCCCUGUGUUACUCGCUGCCCUCUCUGCCCACUGUUCUCCACUCGCUCGGCAUCCAUGAGCUUUACCCGGGCUCGAAUCCAGUGAAAAUCAAAUCACCAACGGAUAUAGCAAACAUGACGUUGGAGCACCGACUUUUGAGCUACGACUGGAAAAACAACUUCCACCACUUCCAGGAGGCCACCCACUCUGGCUCCUUCAAGCCGCUGUGCUGGCACAGUGCCAACCCAACCCUCUUGCCUGGCACGGAGGACCACGAAUACUUCUUCCCGAACGUGAGCCGUUUGUACCGGGAGCCGAACGCGGCCAGCUGCAGACUGCGCAAGAAAAAGCUGGACGAGCCCUUGAGGGUGGAGGUGAGCAACAGCAUCGAGCAGAACUCGGGGCUCAUCAGCGAGACUUCGAGCCUCAACAUCGGUCCCAGCCUGAGGGUCCGAGCGCUGGGCCUGUUAGCGGCAGGUCUGCUUUGUGUUCUCCUGUAACGUGCUGUGCCGUCUGUGAUCGUGUCCGGUGUCCCGUCCAGGGACAGGAACACUCGUCCUCCUCCCUCCUCCUCCUCUUUUGUGUCCUUCGAGCCAUUUGUGCUGCAGCGCCUCAAGACUUAUGAAUUUUUUUUUACACCGUUAAAGGCUCGGUAUGGCAAUUAAUUUUUAUUUCAAAUUAUGAAAAUAGACACAAAAUUCAUGGAAAAAAGUAUAAAUUGAAAUGGAAAAAUGCUCAGUCGUAUUGAAAACGUUGAAAACAUAGAAGAUUUAACUUUUCCCGCCAAAAAUAAUGAUAUAGAAAUCAACAAAUUCCAACUUUCCAGACUAUCCUGUGAUUUUCGAAUUAUUUUGUUUGCAUAUUAUGGAACCUAAGUUUUAAACUUUCUUUUAUUAAAGAAUUGUCCUUUUUUUUCUUAUUUCCUUAAAAUUUUGCCAUCUGGUCAUGAAAUUUUGUCUAUUUUCAAAUUUAAUAUAAUAAAAAUCGUUAUUCAUCUUGGCCUUUAAUAAUUUAUCUGAAUUGGUUGAUGUUUUGCGGAAUAAUGAAGUCGUCAAAUUUUUGGAGCGCGGCUGCACGCAAAUGGACGAUUUGCAUUCCUGCUCAGACUGACCGAGCACCUCAUCAUGAUCUCUAGUCAUUGUGUACAUACACCACAUACUAAAAUAGCAGUCAAGCUACUGUAAAUUGUCAAACAACCAUAGCUGCGAGUUCUGAUUAAUUAAUUUAUUGAUGCAACGCAACAUUGGCAAAACCUUGACAUAAACUACAAGAUCUCUCUCUAUUUUGCAGUUUUUCCAUCGAGCAGCUGUGGUUUGAUGUUGUUAUACAUUCUAAAUCUCAAUACUUUGUCAGAAUUUUGGACGAGCAUUAAUUUGGGAGCAAAUCAAAAUCGAAUAAAUAUAUUUCAAUUGUGUCAAAAUUUGCAAAGAGACGAAGUAUUUAUAUACACAAUGCAUUUUUCAUAUUAGUGCAGCAGGCAAUGCGUGUAUCUUACGAGAGAUACAAUUUAUAUUAUAACAAUAACGUAGUCCUUUCCCCCAAUAAAAGCAAAAGCAUUCCAGAUGAGCGUCAUCAGCAUUAUCACAUACACGAACAAACACCGAGUUGAAUAAUAAAACAUGUAACGAGACCUACCGCGAUGUAAUUUCCCCAGAAGUAUUAAAUAUAAAUAUAUGAGAAUGUAGCAGAAACUCGAGAGAGAGAAGGAUGUUCUGUAAAUAUGUAUUGUGAUAACUUGUACCAUACAAAUUGACUAUAUUCAGAAUGAUGGACACAGUUUUGUUUUCAUUGUUUGUAUGAGAAUUGAUAUUAAAAAGAAGUGAAAAAUUUAA